AUGUUCGCCCGACUCGCUCCCCUCCUCCUCCUCGCCGCCCGCCCCGUCUUCGUCGCCGCAGCGGGCGCCGACCUCCGCAUCCACCAUCGCCUCUUCCACCCGUCCCUCCAGGCCGCGCCCUUCUCCGAACGGGCUGCGCUUUCCAUCUCUGGCUCUGGGCUCACCGCCGCUGCAAGCCUCGUCCCCUCCGAGGCCUUCUCCCAUGACCUCCUCCAGUUCGCCGCCGAGGCCGAGGGCCUCCCCGGCGCACUCUACCAGGUCGCGCUAGAGCACCCGGAUGAUAGAGACCCGUCGCGCUGGGCGACCUCGUCCGUCCUCGCCUGUCAUCUGGCCGCCGGCACGUCCGAGGCCUUCACGGUCCACCUCGACCAGGCCGGCGCCCCGUUCGGUCUCGACUACUUCGUGGGGCCCGUGCCGCACGACGGCGCGUGCCCGAAGCCGCGGCGCCGAAAGGCCAGCGCCAGCGGGGAGCCCGGCCCCGUCGAGGUUCGGCUGGUUGCUGCCAACGUCACCGUCGCCCUCCGCGCGCCGUCCUUCCCACCGCUGCCGGUGCUCCGCGUACCGCCGCCGGUGACGUCAGAGGGCAAGCCGGUGGAGGCGGCCAAGGAGAAGUCGUUCCUCGAAAAGUACUGGAUGUACGUCGUCAUUGCUCUGCUCGCGAUGAUGUUCGCGCCUGCGCCUGCCGAAGAAGGCGGAAAGUAG